AUGGCAACAGAGCAGACACCCCUUCUUCCUCCCUCCGACGACGCUCGGCUAAAGCCUACAGUCGCGAUCGGGAUUAUCUGUACUUGGAUUGCGACUUUUCUGGCCGCUGCCGAUAGUACUGUGACGUCUACUCUCUCCGCGACCAUCGCCCAUGAGUUUAACUCCACUUCCCUUGUAUCAUGGCUGGGGACCGGGUACCUGAUCGGCCUCACGGCUACGCAGCCGCUCAGUGGGAAGCUGAGUGAUAUCUUUGGACGGCGCGAGACAUUUUGCUUUGCGUCGGUGAUGUUCACGAUCGGGAAUCUGACGUGCGGCCUCUCCCAGUCGAGACCCGUCAUAAUCGUCGCGCGAGUAGUGACCGGAAUCGGCGGUGGAGGUUGUAUCUCCUUAACGACCUUCAUUUUAUCUGAUAAUAUUCCAUUGCGCAGCCGCGGGUUCUGGCAGGGCUUCACUUCUAUAUGGUAUACCGCUGGUAUGGGGUUGGGAGCGGUCAUCGGCGGCGCUGUCCACGAUGCCUUUGGUUGGCGCUGGGCAUUCAUCGGCAUCGCACCCAUCUCGUUCAUCACCGGCAUUGGCGUCGCGGUCUUUGUUCCGGAUCAACGCUCUCAGGAACAAGGGUUCCGGACGAUGUUGAGCCGGGUCGACUUCUCCGGUUCGCUGACAUUGGUCGCGUCAUUGGUCCUCCUGUUGAUCGGCCUCAACCACGAAGGCGAUCGCAUUGUUACUACUACUUUCGCCAUCGCCGUCCCCCUCGGCCUGGUGCUUCUGGGCGCCUUCUUGCUUGUCGAAUGGCGCUGGGCAAAAGAGCCCAUCAUCCCCAUGUCGGCGUUCCGGAACCGCACUGUGGUCGCCGUGUGCCUCACCGCGUGGUUCGCGUCGAUGAACGCCUAUGCGAUUGUCUACUACGUCCCCCUGUACUUCCAAUCCCUCGGACUAUCUACCAGUCGAACAGGUGUCUAUCUCCUCCCCGACGGGGUAGGCUCCGGCCUUGGUUCGUGUCUGGUGGGUCUUGUUAUUGGAUUCACCGGGAAGUACGGGUUCUUCCGCUACUCGAUGCCGUUCCUAAUGUUCGUAGGCGCGGUCGGGUUCUCCUCAGCGACCGAGCAAACCCACUGGGUUCUGCCGGAGAUCUACCUCUUCUGCAAGGGAUUCGGUAUGGGAGGAUCAGUGACGACCCUGAUCCUUGCAUUGCUCCAUGCCGUCCCCCAUGAGCAACAUGCCACGACCACCUCCGCGUACUAUGCGUUCCGAUCCACCGGGUGCACAAUCGGGCUCUCUGUUGCGUCAGCCAUCUUCACCGGUCGGCUGAACGAGCAUCGUGCUGCCACGGGCUCCGUCUGCAACCCGGGCGAGAGCUGCUAUGCGGACGCGCUGCACCGGACGUUCGUGGCGGCAGCAGGAUUUGCUAUUGCGGGGCUGGCGUCGUCGUUCUUUGUGAGGGCUUACGACACCAAGGGGGAGUACAAGAGCGUCCAGAAACCCGACUGGGAGGAGUAG